CGAUAACAAGAGCAAUAUUGUGGGAUGGCGGGAAAUGGUGUUCUUUCGAGUGCUCGGUGCUCUACAGGUCACUGUUGUGUGCUUGGAUAUUGAGUUAAGUGUGGUUGUGUGUGGUGUGCAACUGUGGCAGCUAGGGUGGUAGGUUAUGUGCAAGAAGUGCAUAAAAGUGCAUUUAGCGGUAAUUUUGUUAUGCACUGCUUUAUGUUUGUAUCAACUUAACAGAGGAAAUAAAAUGUAAUAUUAAUUUUGAUGAAAAAGCGUAUUGUAUGUUGCCGAAAGUAGAAAAUAGUGUUUAGUUCACAAAAUUUCAUCUGAAAUCCGCCUAGCUCAGUUCUGCAUCUUCCUGUAGUAAGCAAUAUAAAAUGGAAAACAUUGACCAUGAAAAGAAACUUAAAAUAACUUGUUACAAAGCUGUCAAGAAUGUAUGUCAAGAAACUGCAAAAAAUAUGGGCUUGGGAAUGGAGAAAGCAGCAACAGAUUUAAUUUCAGAGCUGAUUUGGAAGAAAGCAAAACGAAUUGCAGAAGAUUUAGAGUUAUUUGCUAAACAUGCUAAACGAUCGACAAUAAAUGCUGAUGAUAUAAAACUUUUAGUGCGACAUAAUGAGAAGUUGAAAGAAGACCUUUCCAAAUUGGCAGAAGAAAUGAAGAAAGCACGGAAAAGCAAAAAAAGCAAUGUUGCUACUGACAAUGAUUUUGCAGAGGUGGACUCUCUGUAAAGGAAUAUUUAUUUUCAUUAUAUUGAGAAAAUUGUAAAUAACUGCUGUAAAUAAAAUGUUUCUGAAAUAUGAUUAUGUUGUAGAUAUAUGCAGUAUGAGAUUUCUUUGAUCUUUUUGUCAAUUGUCAGAUACUCUAAAUAACUACAUGGAAAUUGAUGUCUACCCAUUAACGCCAUGUGUUGCUUUUUGGCAUAUAUGUGGCCCACUUACUUCUUUGGUUAAUUUAAUUCCUUCAAAAGGCAGACAUCCUAAUGGAAAUCUACAAGCAAGAUUCUGAAUGCUAGAUAUUGAUUUAGCCGAGGUCAAGACAUUACCAGAUUACCUCAACA